UAUAUUUAUUAAGAGGUGUAUUGUAUUAAGUUAUCCGAAAUUUAUUUUAUAUAAUUUUUUACAACUUCUUAUUUAUACCAUAGACAUUUUUCUUUACAUAACAUAAGCAGAUUUGAAUCGUUAGAAUCAAUUUUAAUAAAAUGAUAUUUUUUUUAAUUCCGAAGAAAAAAAGAACGUAAUGAACAAUUUCAGUUCAAGUCAGAAAGAUGAAUGAAUUAGCGACUUUUGCGAAUCAUACAAUAGUUCCACGAGAUUUAAUCGUAUCCAAACUUUCUUGUAGAAACAUCUUUUAGACUCUGCAAGAACAAAACUGCAGCAAGAAGAUCUUGCAGACGGACGCUUCCGGUUGCUUUAUUGUCGGGAAAGAUUCGAUACCGAUGAGACUGUGGCAGCACGCUGAUGCCGGUGGUAAACUGCGCUAUUCGUUAAUACCGAUGUUAGACGACGUCGAUAAAGCUGAGGAAGAUGUAAAGAUACUUAAUGUACUACCGUCAACCGCUACUAAAGUUGAAGAGGCCGAAGCUCAACAGAGCAAUCAGAGAAUCAGCGGAUGCAGCGUCGGUAGUUGCAUGAACUCCUUGAUGCGUUUGCGCAAGAUAGUAAUUGAUGGUUAUACUUGCGACAAAUGUAACAUAAAAUUUUCCAUGCAGUCUAUGCUGAAUCGCCACAAAAUAACGCACAAUAUGCAUUUAUGGCUUUAUGGAAAACGCCUGAGAGAAAAGUGUGUGCGAUAUUUAAAGAUGAACGUUCGAAGACAAUCCAAACAGUUAAAGGUGCGAAAGCGUUUACAGAGAGCAAAGUAUGUUUGUACAUUUUGCGAUUUUGAUUGUAAUAGAUUGGCGACUUUGAAUGCGCAUGUAAAGAAAAAGCACAAGAAAAACACGACCAAAACAAAUCCGAAGAAGCUCAGGUGUAUCAUCUGCAGUUACGAGUGUUUGAGUGAAGCGAAUCUGAGCAGGCACAUGCGAAAGCACAAGAACAAGAAUAUGACGAGUUUUGCUUGCAACAUAUGCGAUUUUGAAUGUAAAAAGGGCUUUACUCUGAUGUCCCACUUGGAGGGUCAUAAGAGAUCUAAGAAAAAUUCAGACGCGAGCUGUGCGGAAAAGAAACGUAGAAUAACGAAGUGUAACUACACAUCUCCGAAGAAGACAAGUCAAUCCGAUUGCUCGCACAGCCGCGGGACGCCUAAGAGGACUGCGUUAAUCUCAUACGAGGAUACCAACUUGGUAAUUAAACAGGAAGUUUGUGUUGAGGAAAGCAACGAGACAUCGGCGAUCGCCGCCGACGUCCCCAGUCAGAAAAAGCCCAGUCAGAAGAGGCCGGCCGUCGAGGAACACUGCGACCUCUGCGAUUUCACGUGCGCGAAGAAGAGCACGCUGUACGCUCAUAAACGCCGGCACAAGGUGGAGGAUGUCAACGAGGUGUUCGGGUGCAACGAGUGCGGCUUCAAGACUGCCAAGAAGUCGUCGCUGUACUCUCACAUCAAGCGGAAGCACAAAGAGUCACGGUCCUGCGAUGGCAACGCGCAGCCGGAACUGUUCUGUUGUACCCAGUGCGACUAUAAGAACAAGAACAAGUAUGAGUUGAAGAUACACAUCGCGCGCAAGCACACGGACGACUUCAAAUUCUCCUGCGAGACCUGCGGUAAGAAGUUUAAGGUCAAGGGCGAUCUGACGAAUCAUAUACGUUUCAGCCACCGGGAGCAGCCGGUGAUCUGCGACGUUUGCGGCAAGACUUGUCUCAAUAGCAACUCCUUGUACGUGCAUCAGAAGUUUGCGCACUACAAGGCCAAAUACGAGUGUCAGAUAUGCAAGAGGCGGAUGGUCAGCCAGGAGAACCUCAAUGAGCACAUGCUCAAGCAGCACGAGCGCAGGGAGAACGUGGUGUGCGAGGAGUGCGGCAAGACGUUCUCGCGGAACAGCAGACUGAAGGUGCACAUGAGGAUCCACACCGGGGACAAACCGUACAGCUGUCCCGUCUGCAGCAAGUCCUUCGCCCGCAGAACAGCUCUCAAGCAGCACCUGCUUAUCCACACUGGCGUCAGGCCGUACGUGUGCGAUAUAUGUGGCAAGGCCUUCACUCAGAAGCCGGGUCUGAUCAGCCAUAGGAAGUCACAUCCGGGUUCUCACCCGCCUCUGCCGCGCGUCCUCAUCGAUCAUAUCUUGAACGACGUUAUGAACGGUUCACGCGGUGAUUGAUUGACGUAAAGUUUGCACGAACGAUUUCGAGGAAUAGUUGACAACAAUGUAUAAAAGAUAAAUGUGCUCUUGUAACUGAUAUUCAUGUACUAUACAAAAGAGAUAUUCUCAUUAUACAAUUUUGUAUCCAGUGAUAUCUAGAGGUAAUGAUUAUCAGAUUAUAUUGUAGCAAUUUAUGCGAUAAAACAACUCGACAUAUUUGCACAGAAUUUUAAUCGCCAUAUGUAAAAAUAAAUAAACCUUAAACGUAUUUUUUUAGAUUAUUAGUGUAUGCAUUAUGUCAAAUUCUGUGAACAAAAUCUCUUUCUAAAGCUUUGUAUUUCGUUAUGUAUUGUAUUACAUAUUAUUACCUUGUCUGACUUAUUUGGACUUUAUUGGACGUUAUGUUAAUUAAAGAAGAAUUGUUUGAUUUUAAGUUUCAAAAUAAAAUUAUAUUUGUAU